GUAAAAAACAAAAUACCAAAAACCCUACCUCCCCGCUCGUAUAAUAAUCCAAUAAAUUCCAGCCUAAUCCACCCUCCUCUCUUUUCAAACGACAAAAACCUCUUUCCAUCUCUCUUUUUCACACUACAAAACCCAUCCAUAUCUCAUAAAGAACAACAAAUCUCAUCUCAUAAAACAAAAGAUGGUGAGUUUGAUAUGGCAAGCAGCAAUGGAAGCGAUACAGAGAUCAUAUACAGCAGAAGAAGAUUACGAUGGCGUCGAAUACUGGACCAACCCAGAAAAAUCUGGUUGGUUAACGAAACAAGGCGAAUACAUAAAAACAUGGAGGCGUCGCUGGUUCGUGUUGAAACAGGGGAAAUUGUUUUGGUUUAAAGAUUCAAAUGUAAAUUCGCCUGAUGUUAAACCUCGUGGUGUUAUUUCUGUUGGUGCUAAUUGUCUUGCUGUUAAAUGUGCUCAGGAUAUUAUCUUCAAUCAGGAUUUUCCUUUCCAGAUUAUUACUAAUAGUUAUGAUUAUGAUACUCUGUAUUUUCUUGCUGAUUCUGUUAAAGAGAAGAACGAAUGGAUUAGUUCUAUUGGGAGAUCUAUCAUUCAACAUUCUCCUUCUUUGAUUGGUAAUUGAUUGGUCGAUGAUAACUAGGGUUUUUUCUUGUAUAGAAUUAUAGAAAUUGUAGAUGUGAUUAAUGAAAAUUUGUAAAAUUAGGGAUUUUUCAUGUUUUUGUAAUUCGAAGACUUUGAUUCUCGUUUGUGACUUGGUCACUGUUUGUUGAAUUUUAGAUGUUGAUUUUUAAGGAUUUUUAAUUGCAUG